GGAAGCUACUGACUAGGAACCGGGGAAGCGGAGUUGAAAUCACAAACAAAAAAUGGUACCUAGUUGAAGCUUGAAGACUACUGUCAUUUCGCUGUCAUAUGCAUAAAUGAUCACAGUAUCCCGACACGAUGGUCGUCAAUUCCGUUGAACUUAUGUGGGGUCCUGGGGUCAUAGGAUUCAUGAUAGCUACCGCGUUCUAUGGGAUAGCUUUCGGGCAGUAUAUCUUCUACCUCAGAUCAUUUCCGCAAGAUUCGAAAAGACUCAAAUUCUUUAUAAUGAUGGUCUUUUGUCUCGGAACAAUACACGAAUAUGCCUUGAUAGGAAUGUACUGGUCUAUCCUUAUUUCAUGCCGUCGUAGCACGUCCCUUGAGUGCAUGACUAAACUUCCGUGGCAGAUGCUGGGGGUAUUUAUGGCAUGUUGGAUUGUAUUCGCAGUUCAGUGCUUUUAUGCACACCGAGUGUGGAUAAUCACGGAAUACAACCGCUUAAUCACGGGCAUAAUUUGCGCGUUCGCCAUUGCAGCAUUUGGCGGUCUGAUAUUUUACACGAGAAACCCUGUAGACCUAUUCGGUAAAAAGUGGUGUCAGAUUUCUGCUGUCGCUGGUGCCUUGUGUGAUAUUCUCAUUACGGGGACAGUCUGGUGGUUUUUGCGUCCUGCACGAACAGGCAAUGUCCGGUCGAAACUGAAUUAUCUCAAUAAACUGACACAAAUUUUUGUUAACAUGGGUUUAUUUACUUGCAUUAUGGCAAUCGCAAUGGCUGUGCUCUACCAGGUUCAGGAUGGUGGUCUCGGCCAGUUCUAUUCCGCUUUGCCUGGAUCACUACUAGCAAAAACCUAUUUGAACUCGAUGAUGGCAGUGCUCAAUGCUAGGAAGUCAAUACGCGAACAACAACUUGAAGUUGGUCGCAGUCCAAUGGAGCUUCCUACCAUACCAACCAUACGUUGAUCUUUCCCUCGUGCUAGCAAAGAUAUAUUUGUUAUUACUUGGGUUACUUACAAGCUUUCACCUGCAGUCGUAGGCUAGCCCAUGACACCCCCGCCAGUUAGUU